CAAUGCGCUCGUAACAACCGAUACGUCACAUUUCUGACACCAGAUAACGGAUUUUACCUUGAAGGGCAUGUGUUUUUAAAUGUCUCCGUGGAACUCAACCAAGACUGCCAAGAUCAAUGCACGCUAGCCAGGGAGUGUUUCUCCUAUAAUAUUGGUCCCCCCAUUGACAACAAAAUGGCCUGUGAGCUCAGUAACUCAGAUCACUUGCAGCAUCCGGAAGAUCUCAAACCAAGACGUGACUGGAACUACAGAGGCACAAAGGUAUGACAUCCGUAUCAUAGUAUGUCUAGUUUGUUUUCAUUGUAUUUCAGUAUAUUUUUAUGUCAAAGAUAAAAAAAUAACACUCUAGAGCUAGAGCGACCCAAUCUGCUAAGUGUGCGGUACACUUUCGGGUGGGAUUGUCAUGGAGUUGCACGGACCUUUAGUUCCAUGAAUCUGGAUGAUGAAAGUUGCUUAUGCAAGAGUAGCGAGUCCCCACCUUCUAUACGACACCACAAACAACGACGGAGAGAGAAGUCUUAACUUUUGCCUUGCAACCAACCUACGACAUGCUCAAUCCAGGUUUCCCCACCCUUUGGGCUCUCGUGUCAAAGUUGACCAUAUCCUGGUCAUCAGUGGUAGGUGGCCUAACUCACUAAGAAACUGUAGAGAUUACAAAGUGUAGAGUUAAUUGACUCCAACCACCGCAUCCUACGUGCCACUCUUAAAGUGGGUCUUGGAAGUAUUAAUGGUAAACCUGUAAAUCGCAAAAAAAUUAGUUUCAAGAGACUCGCGCUUCCUGUACUGAAAACAGAAUUUCAGCUAAGACUUCGGAAUCACUUCGCCUCCCUCCCACUUAUGAGGCACUCAAUAUCAGGUACAGUCAAUUGGAAAGUAUAACAAGUAGCAUAGUGGAAGAGGCGGUUGGGAAGUGUGUCUCAAAUGGCUUAGCAAACUGGGUCUCCAAAGAAACAGAAGACCUGAGGAAAGUCCGAAAUGACGCCAAGAUCAAGCACCCUCUCCUUAACAGGGCCGCCCCCAGGAAGAGGUUGAAGGUUGUAUUUUACCUGGCUAAUCAGGCCAAGUAUCUAGAUGUUCAGCUCUAG